AUGGUCAAAACUGGAAGGCAAGUGAUAACAAAACAAGGCAUCAUUGAGGGAGUGCGAUUAGUUAGUGAUAACAAUUAUCAAAUUGAUGCAUUCCUUGGCAUACCAUUCGCUAAACCACCGAUUGGGCCAUUACGCUUCAAAAGGCCAGAACCGCUGGAACCAUGGAAAGGCGUGAAAAAAGCGAUAAAAUUUGCUCCACGAGCACGCCAACACAAUUUUUUAUGGGCGAGAUUGAGGAAUGAAGUUAAAAAAAGUGAAGAUUGCCUCUAUUUAAAUGUUUUCUCACCGGCAUGGUCUCCAAUAAAAGAUCAGAAAAAUGGUUUUGCUGUAAUGAUAUUCAUCCAUGGAGGAGGAUUUCUGAUCGGUUGUGCAGCUCAAUAUGGUGAUAUCAAUAUUUGCAACAAUUUAUGUCGUCGUGAUGUUAUCGUUGUAACAAUACAAUACCGCCUUGGCUUACUUGGAUUUUUUUGUACCGGUGAUGAAGUAUGUCCAGGUAAUAAUGGCCUAUGGGAUCAAGCAAUGGCAUUACAAUGGAUAAAGGAAAAUAUCAGUGCAUUUAAUGGUAAUCCGGAACGUAUUACGAUAUUUGGUCAUAGUGCAGGUGGUGCAAGCGCUGAUCUCUUGUCAUUAUCACCGAAAUCGCAGA